CUAAGACAACCCUACUCGCUAAUACUGCCAUUGCCAUGGCCUCCUCUGCUUCGUCCAUCCAUUUCUUCUCUCUCACUCCCCAAACCCUGUCUCUCUCCUCUUCCAAACCCACUACUACUUCAGUCUAUCUCUUCUCUACUACCUCGCUCAAGCCUCUUCCCAAGCUCAUUUCCCUGUCUUCUUCAUAUAAACUUCUCGAAGUGUCGUCGUCUCGCUUGGUACGAAAAGUCGCAGUUUCUUCUAAUUUUCGGCAAUUAGAAGAAGAAGAGGAGGUCUUCGGUGAUGACUCAGAGGGGCGUAGUUUCUCACCAGACCUCAAACUCUUCGUGGGUAACUUGCCCUUUAGUGUGGACAGUGCCGCUCUGGCUGGGUUGUUUGAACGGUUCGGUAAUGUAGAGAUGGUUGAGGUUAUAUAUGACAAGUUUACAGGGAGAAGCCGUGGAUUUGGUUUUGUGACGAUGUCUACUGUUGAGGAAGUCAAAGCAGCUGCUCAGCGAUUCGAUGGCUAUGAACUUGAGGGGAGGGUUUUGCGGGUGAAUUCUGGUCCUCCCCCAAAGAGAGAAGAGUCUUCUUUUAGCGGGGAGUCUUCCUUCAGAGGAGCUAGGGGUGGGACAAGUUUUGACAGCUCUAACCGGCUUUAUGUGGGAAACCUUGACUGGGGUGUUGACAAUCUAGCACUUGAAACCCUGUUUAGUGGACAAGGAAAAGUUAUGGAAGCUAAGGUCGUCUAUGACAGAGAGAGUGGCAGAUCAAGGGGUUUCGGAUUUGUAACUUACAGUUCGGCUGAUGAGGUCAAUAGUGCAAUUGAAUCAUUGGAUGGUGCUGACCUUAAUGGCAGGGCAAUCCGAGUAAGCGUUGCUGAGGCUCGGCCAAAGCGUCAAUUUUGAUCACUAAAUAUUUUGUGCUGCCUUCGACCAAGAAAAAAUCGGUAUAAAUCUUUUCAUUUGACCCACAGUUGGGUUUUCUCUUUCAAGCUUUCUUAGAGCAGCUAAUAUACUGACACCACACACUAGAGCACGCGCACGCACGUGGGCGUGUGCAUAUAUGUGCAUCUAUGUAUGUCAAUGUUUAUAUCUAUAUCAUAAGAUAAGGAUGCAUUAUGUCUCGAGGGAUUAUUAAGCUUGACAAGCAAAUGAACAGAGUUGUGUUCAUUAGUCAUAAAU